CCCUGAACAGGAGGUGAUUUAACCGGCUUUGGAGGAAGGAAGCUUCUGUGUGGGAGACACAGGGUGGAACCGAAGCCGUGAGGCCUGGAGGAGGCGUUUCUGCACCAGCGGGUCAAUUUAAGGGCCAGACCUGAGCCCUGGAAGGCUUCAGUGGAUGCCAGGGCUCUGAAGGGCAAAAGCAGGGGCUGCUGGGCCCUACACCAUGUCGAGUCCGCAGAGGAGGGCUCUGCCCUGGGCACUGUCACUGCUCCUCAUGGGCCUCCAGCUCCUGGUGACCUACGCCUGGUGCUCUGAAGAGGAAAUGCGUAGGGAUCAUAAAAUGGUCCAGGAUCCUGUGUUCCUGGCCACAGUGGGGUUUGCCUUGAACACUUUCAACGUGCAGAGCAAGGAGGAGCAUGCCUACCGGCUGCUGCACAUCCUGAGUUCCUGGAGGGAGAACAGCAGUGACAGAAAGUGGCGAGGUAAGAUGGUGUUCUCCAUGAAUCUGCAGCUGCGCCGAACCGUAUGUAGGAAAUUCGAAGAUGACAUUGAAAACUGCCCUUUUCAAGAAAGCCCAGAGCUGAACAAUGUAAGACAAGGCACCAGCUUCUCUCACGUCCAAAGCUAUGGAUGUUGCGUGGGGUGUGGUGUGGGCACAGGAGCAGCUGCAAAGCCAUUCUGAGGGACAAAGGCGAGUGAGCCCGCAGCAGGCUCUACCAGGCUGCCUUGCCUGUGCCUUAGUGGGGAGCCUAGUGACGCAGGAAGCCCAGGGGUCUCCUUCACUCUCAGGCUCCGGGCCAAUCUGUUUCCUUACUCUGCCCUCUGACACCAUUGCAGCCGCCUGCACGUGGGCCACGUGGCCUUCAGAACCUUCUCUCUGGUCUUCCUCUCUGCUUCUUCCCUGCCUUCUAGAGAAAGAGCCUGGAGACAGUGGUGACAACGUCUGUGGAUACUGUUCUCAGGGUUUUCCUGCUCUAGACUCAAAAGGUGGAGCUGAGAAGAAGCCCCCCUGCCUCACUCUCAGGCCCUGCUGAGCUGCAGCACCUGCUCUAGGGGACAAGCUCCAAGAGAGGCCUGGCUCUGGGAAAACCCUUCUCAUUCUUAGUCAUCUUAUUACUGUAAGAUGAAGAAAUAGGUAGCUAGUUGCCUAAGCCUGAAAACUGCUUCCAUGGGACAAAGCAUUCUCCUGCUACUCCUGGGUGCAGGGGUCACACAGGGACAUCCUGGGGUUCCGCUAAGGGCCGCUGGCUGGAGGAGGAGGCAUGGCACAGGUGACCCUGGCGAAGGAGGGAGCCUCAAAUCACGAUGCGAUUCAGGAUUGGCCUCAGGCUCAGGCCAGACCUGAAGGCAGGAGCCACAUGGCUCAAUUGCUGGCUGCAGGAAUGGGCAAGGUGGCAAUGGAACCUGUGUUGAGAGCAGAUGCCACCAGAUUCUCAAACCUCCCCCACCCUGGCCCUCCUGUCUCUUCCUGUGCUUGUUCCCGCAGACCUUCAGCUGCUUCUUCACUGUGGAAACCAUGCCCUGGAAGACAUAUUUUGAACUCCUGAACAAGACCUGCUCAGAGGGUCUCUCCUGAGUGGAAGCCACUCACAUGUCUGACCACAUGCUGUCGCCUCCUCUACGGACACCUGCUGUUCCCAGGAGUUGACACAUCAGUGGCUGGCCAGCUCCUUGCAUAUGUGUUCUCUCACUUUGCAAGUGUCUGAGGUUUAUGGCUUGGCAUUUUAGAAACUUCUCUUUGUCCAGGUUCCUCCUGUAGAAUAGGUCAUUAAACAUCAGCAUUUCCAAAAGCUUCCUGUGCCAUGUGCUGGAGAAAGGGGGCUGGGCAGUCGAUGGAGUUCCUCUCAGGAGGGCAGCCUGUUUGCAUCUGGGUCAGUGGGGUCCUCCCUCCCUUAGGACCCCGUAAGCCAGCUCCAGGUGGCACAACCAAGAUGAGUCUGAGCUGCUGUCACCAGGCGCAUGGCUGAUGAUGGCCCAUGUGGCCAGAGGUAAAACGUUGUGAUCUUCCGGGGCACCCAAUGUGCAUGAUGGAGCAAGACAGGGCCUCUGGGUCCCACUCAUCACACUCAGAGGGCAUCUGGUCAAGUAAUGGUGUCUGAUAAGAUUCAUGCUGGAACCUUGGACGUCUCAGAGAUUGAGACUGUCCAGAUCUCCUGCUUAGGCUUUCCUAAUGCUUUGCUUGAUUCUCUAAGACCUCAGUGGCUGCUGCGCUUGAGGGGUGGCUUGCACACCUUUCCUGGUCCAUGGAAGGCUGGUGGGUAGAGGAAGGACUUCUAACCUCACCCUUAUAAGCUUGUCCUGGCAUCCAGAGCAGCAGCAUCUUCUGGAAGAAUCUUAGAAAUAUACAACUUCAGCACCUCUGACCUUUGAAAAAUGCAUCUGCACUCUCACUAGUCCCCAGGGAUACAGAAAUCCCCUGAAAAUGCAGGAUUUACAGGAAUGUGCACCCCCACGGGAUGCAGCAUGAGAUGCACGGGCAGACUGGAUGGUGCUAAGACCCUGGCCAAGUCACCUAAACCAGAGUUUGGCCAAAAAAAAAAAAAAAAAAAAAAAUCUGAAGAAGCCAGAGAGUAACUAUCCUGGCCUUUGUGGGCAGAUGGUCUCUCUCAGUGAGUCAGCAUUGCUGGCAUGCCUUGAAAGGAACAGUAGCCAAGCAAACAUAUCAGACUGGUUGUGUCCCAAUAAGCGUUUAUUUACACAAACAGGCAGUGAGCCGCUUGGGCCUCAGGCCGUAGUUACCAGGCUCUGACACCAAGCGCUCCUCUGGUGCCCGAGACGUAACAUGCUACCAGCUCCCACACCAGCAGCUGCGUCUCCCCCAGCUUCGCUCAGGUGCUGAUCUGUGCAAAUGGGCUCCAUCAGCAGAGCGGGUGCACCCUGCAGGUUUGGAAGAGGUCAAGUCUGAGGGCCACAUUCUGUCACUGGAAGUGAGGAGUAUUUGACUGAAUGAUGACUUCGAAAUGAAGACUACCGAGAAAACGAAGAUACAGAAUAAGGAAAAGGGCUGAACAGAAAAUGUCAAUAGAGAGAAAUUGAGAAAUAUUUCCAAAAAUGUGAUAAAAAAAAAAGGUGGAGUCCAAGACCGUAUUCUCAGUGGAGCUCCUGCUGGGAAGAACUAGGUGUGGAAAAUUCGAAGAGGACAUUGACAACUGCCCUUUCCAAGAAAGCCCAGAGCUGAACGACACUUUCACCUGCUUCCUUACCAUCAGCACCAGGCCCUGGAGGACACACUUCGGCCUCCUGAACAAGACCUGCCUGGAGGGAUUCCACUGAGGGAAAGCCACUCCCAGGCCCGGCCGGGUACUGCUCCCACAUUCUGUGGACGUCAGCACUUCUCUCCUGACGACUCUUCGGUGACGGACCAGCUCUGUACUGGUUUGUUACCCUCUUUUGCAGGUGUCUGAGAUCUCAGACCAGCGUUUUAGAAAAUCCACGCAUCCUGAGCCUAAUCAUGUGGUACAGAUCACUAAACAUCAGCAUGUUCAGAA